CGUCAACAACAAAAAAACAAAAAUAUCAAACAAUAAGUGCCGAUCGAAAACGAAACCCUAAACGCAAAACAAUGACGCAUACAAACUGUUUCCCGCCAAUAGAACUGUCACAGUGACAUUGACGUGUGUUGUGCGUGAGUUCGCGGUAUGUUGUCGAAAGCAUGGUGACACUGAUGCCGUGUGGGUACCUCGGCGGCACGUCGCCGCGAUGCAGCUUGGAUCACGCCGAGCCGAAGGCGAAAAGACCAAGACCCGAUCCAGGCACUGAUGUUUCAGAUCGAUUAUCAAGCGAAGUCAAUCCAAGUCCUUGCGAGUCUGAGUCGACUUCAAAUUCCCCGCCAUCUCUACUGCAAGAUGCUACGCUACCCGCGCUUUUAGUCUCUGGAACGUCGACGUUGUUGCAAACCACGGCGACACCAAACACAUCCAAUACCGUCGACAGCUUAUGCUUGCCUGGUAAUUCGGAAGUCGAUAGCUGCGGAAUAGUCAACGGAUGCGCAACAACUACAACUUUAGGCGGUCUCGCGCUGCCUUUGACGUCAUCGGGCGGUCUGUGUGCCACCUCCUCGUCCUCCGCGGUCGCCUGGUUAAUGAAUGACGACAGCACCGGCGGCGUAAAAAGCGAGGUGCGGAGUCCGGGGCUUUGCGAGGCAGACGUGGCGCUGUACGGGGAAACGCUACCAUACGACCAGACCGCGCUGCCGUACCAAUACUACAAUAGCAUGCAGCAGUAUGGUAGCGGCAGCGCGGCUUCGUCGUACGUCAGCUCUGGUCUUUACAACCAGCCUUACGCUGCAUAUCCUCCACCGCACAACGCCAACAACAGAUCGUCAUGCAAAGCGACGCCUACAUACCUCAGUGCGUACGGGAUGAGUGGAGUGGGAAGUGUGCCCACUACAGGAUUCGGCACUCAACCCUCGCCGUACGCAUACUCUUCAUACAACGGAGGACUAUCGCAAACCUUCACUCCUACACAACAAGUAGCUGCAUCCAUAUUACGGUGUUUUAAGUUUAUUUACAAAGUUUACGUAACAUUCCAACAUUGGAGUUCCUUGACUCCUUUAAUUACGGAAAUGGACAAGGAAAAUAUGAAUAUGAACUCAAAUAAGCGUAGGAAACUUACGGAAGAUGAUUCGAGUGAUCACUACGAGAACAUAGAUGAUAAUUCAGAUUACUGGCCCGAGUCGGAGAGCGGAGAUGAUUCACCAUCAUCAAUGUUGCCAUCGAUUAGUGAUACGAGUCCAUUAUCUCCGAUUAAAGCUGAAGUACACGCGGCCAGCAGAAGAUGUAGAGAGAAUUCUGGGGAAAGCACAGCUAGUAGGUCUCGUGGGCGAGGACGCAGGAACACCUCAUCGUCGCCAGCCCAGCACGUCCCAGAGCCAGCCACAGACAGAGUCUUCAUAUGGGAUUUGGACGAGACUAUAAUUAUAUUCCAUUCGUUGCUCACUGGAACUUAUGCUACUAAGUACAAUAAGGAUACGCAACAGAUAGUGCAAUUAGGAUUUAGGAUGGAAGAAAUGAUAUUCAGCUUGGCUGAUACACAUUUCUUUUUCAAUGAUGUUGAGGAUUGCGACCAGGAGCACAUAGACGCAGUAUCAGCCGAUGAUAAUGGCCAGGAUCUCUCUGCGUACAACUUCACAACUGAUGGGUUUCAUGCGGGCGCGGCGGGAGGCGCUUUGUGUGCGCCUGGGGUCCGAGGCGGAGUCGACUGGAUGAGGAAACUAGCCUUCCGGUACAGGAAGAUCAAAGACACCUACAAUAAUUACAGGAAUAGUGUUGGAGGGCUCCUAGGGCCAGCGAAGAGAGAACAGUGGUUACAGUUGAGAGCAGAACUAGAACAGGCCACGGAUAACUGGUUAACAUUAGCCUGCAAGUGUCUGAAUAUGAUUAAUUCUCGAGAGAACUGCGUGAAUGUUUUAGUGACGACGACUCAGCUCGUCCCGGCUUUGGCAAAAGUCCUGCUCUUCGGCUUAGGGGGCGUGUUUCCUAUCGAAAAUAUAUACUCCGCCACGAAAACGGGUAAGGAGACUUGCUUCGAGAAAAUUAAGCAGCGCUUCGGCGAGCGGUGCACGUACGUCGUCAUAGGGGACGGCCAGGACGAGGAGGCCGCCGCCAAGGCCAAGAACUACCCCUUCUGGAGGGUGUCGAGCCACUCCGACAUCGCGGCGCUGUACAACGCGCUCGACAUGGGCUUCUUAUGAUCUGCUGCUGCCCUGGUACCCGACACCUCCAAAUCCACGCAAUGAAGAACAACGGAACAUGUCAGCUCUUAAAGCUCAUGUACUCCUGGUACAUAAGAUAUUUGUGUUUUAUGUGUCGUCAAUUGAAAUAUCCUUUGUUUUGCGUUGUUAUACCCGAUUUCGGAAGCUCAGGAUUCGGAUUUGAUUAAUCGAUCGCUUAUUCGAAAUUAAAUUGGAUCGAUAACGAAAACCCUAAGUAAUCGUAAUUCGAAGUACUUUUGAAGUGAAACUUACCCGCUUUGGAAGGUGUCGAGCCACUCCGACAUCGCGGCGCUGUACAACGCGCUCGACACGGGCUUCUUAUGAUCUGCUGCCGCCCUGGUACCCGACACCUCCAAUUCCACGCAACGAAAAAUAUCGGAACGUGUCAGCUCUUACGGCUCAUGUACUCCUGGUACAUAGAUAAUUGUGUUUUAUGUGUCGUCAAUUGAAAUGUCCUUUGUUUUGCGUUUUUAUACCCGAUUUAUACCGGAUAUAUAUAUUUUAUACCGGAA